UGAGCCGAGCCGUGUCGGAUCCAACAGCAGCAGGAUGAACAGCGCAGCUAUGUAUCCCCCUGUCAACGGCCCCCCCGCCAACAUGUUCAACAACGUGCCCGGUUAUGAGGGCACCAUGGCAGGAGGAGGUGGUUUUCUUCCCCCUCCCAUGCCCCUGGAGCCUUUGGCCCCUCCUCAACCCGGCCCUGUACCUGAAAACUGGUGCAUCCCGUCUCUGGAUGAGGAUGUGGCUCGUGAGGCGUUCAAGAGCUUUGCGUCGUCUCAUUGCUGCUGGAGUGCCGCUCCAGCCAAGGAUGGAGUCAUCACCAGCAUGGAGCCUCACGACACCUACAGGUACCGGCUGGAGACAUAUACUGAGUCCAGGUCCACUGAGUGGUCCCAGAAACCUCAUGAAGGUGAGGCAGCUGACUUCUACACUCAGACCGCCCCCCAGCCCUGGGAGGUGCCGGCCACGGCCCCCAGCCUCUUCACCGAUCACAAGAUGGAGAUGCGGGUGCCCUUCACCUCUUCCAUCAAGGACUGCAACAUCUGCCACAGCGCGGGGACCAUGCCGUGUGAGGACUGCAAUGGACAAGGACAUAAAGAGUGCUGGGUGUGUCAUGGCAAUGGUCAGACGUGCUCCACCUGUAACAGUACUGGCCAAGAGAAUUGUAGAAAGUGUGAAGGGCGUGGCACACAGAACUGCAAAACCUGUAAUGGGAAACGACAACUGCUGACUUUCAUCCAGCUCAAGGUGGAGUGGACUAAUCAUGUAGAGGACCAUUUGGUGGAGCAGAAGGUUGGUCUGAAGGCCGAUGAUCUGAGCUCAGUUCACGGGAAGGAGCUGUUCAAGAACAACCAGUACCUGCUCUACCCACUGCUCGGGUUCCCAAACCCGGCCAUCUCUGAGGCCUCCGAGCGCCUGAUCAAAGAUCACCAGAGCAAGUACGCCCAGACCUCCAAGAUCCUGCAGCAGAGGCAGACGGUCGAGCUGAUCCCAAUCACCAAGGUGAAAUAUAAGUGGAAGGGCGACUCUCACAAGUACUUGGUCUACGGCAACGAGCACAAAGUCAGCGCCGAUGACUACCCAGCGACCUGCUGCUGUGUCAUCAUGUAGACACACACACACACACACACAUACAGAGCUGAACUUGGCUGUUUAUUCUCCAUAUUGUUUCUUUAUUUCAUAUCAGCCUCUCCCUCAACGACACAACACAACAUGAUGUUUCCAGAUCAUCAAAGUCGCUGUCGGAGCUCAGGUCAAACAUGUCAAUCCUGGGUUCACACAGUACACACGCAUUGACACACGUAUACACACACACACACACACAUUGACACACACACUGUUUACUGUGACAUCCUGUAAAGAAUGAAUCUGUUAAAACCAGUUCUCACUUACACAUAAGGAUCCUCGAGGGGCUGGAUUUCUCUUUUAUGUUUUUGUUUCCUGAACUUUCUGCUCAGCUGUUACUCCGCCUCCAGAUUUUGAAAACACAGGUCAACAGGUAUUUUUCUGUUUACAGUUUACUUCAAAUAGGUGCCAUUUAAUGUCCUCAGUAUUUAAAAAAAUAAAUGUGAGUUCUAAGGAAAAGAACAAAAAGAGAGAUGUGAGGUGAAGCAACAAAAGAAAAAAAAGACAUAUGCAGUUUGAAUCUUACGGAGGUGAAUAUAUUACGUGGUAUGUUAUUUUUAUUUGGGGGAGGUGAAUUGAAUUACGACAGAAUCUGGUUCAAUUGGCUUCUACUUGUAUUUUCCUUCUGUGCGUAAAUGUUUCAUGAUUGAAGAAACCACUCUAAUGUUUAAACUGUGGAGGAUUCAUCACCAACAAAUCAGACAUUUCUGAAAAGUGGGUGAAUUAACUUGCCUGGUUGAAUGAGUCUUUUCUCACGUUUACAGUUUACAGUGUAGUAACUAACUGCUUUGCCUUUCUUCUGGACAGACUGAAUGACAUUAUUACCACUUUAUCCUUUACUUCUAGUGUAGAAAUAUAUCUAUAUAUAUAUAUAAUUCUGUCGUGUGUUCAUCGUAUUCAGUUGCGUGUUGAUGACAUACAUAAAUUACCAAAGUGCUGAAACUGUAUUGAAGAAUGUUAGUUUUUUUUAAUCACAGCAUCAAUGUGUAUACAAUAACCCUCCAUUUUAAAGGAAGGAAGGAAGGAAGGAAGGAAGGAAGGAAGGAAGGAAGGAAGGAAGGGUGAGUUGCUUCUAAAGCUAGAAUAUAAAGGUUAAUAAAUUAAAAACCAAUGAAUUCCAUUUGGAGCCUGAAACAGAUCAUCUGCAUGUCAGAGAGUCUAGAAGCAAGUGGACAAAACUGAACCGCAGCUAAUCGAAUCCACUAAAACCACAACGCAGCAUAAAACCGGGUCGAUGUCUGGAACCAAUGUUGAAUAUUUGUGCUUCUGUCAGUUCUUUACUUUUUGCAAGGGAAUAAACACACAAAGUUGUGUUGUUCUUCUGUCAGAGCUAAGGUCUUGAUAUCAAUUACACCAGGACUUUAUAAUGACGUUUUAAAUUUGAAGCAACUAUGUGAGCUUUUCAUUGUUUCUCCUCCUCCCUUCAUCACAUUUUAUUUAGGAAAUGAGUCGAGUAAUCAGCAAAGCAGAGAAUCCAAUUAUCCUUCUUUCCACUCGUUUACUACCAAGGCUCAUUGGGUGUUUGUAAACGAAAUGGAAAGGCUCAUGUCCACCUCCCCGCCUUCAUAGCAGCUGGUGCAAAUAAUUCAGGUGUUUGCCAAAACAUGCCUGAUAUCUUAAUGUAGGAGUAACUUGAGUCCUGGUUAGGCUCUACAGCUGCUCAGUUUGUCUCACUCUGACUCUUAGGUGAUAACAGUUCACUUCAAGUUGCCUGUCCUUGGAAGCUGCUCUCCUGCAGUACAACAGAAUCCCUGUAGAGGGCACUCUUUGCCUGAAUCAGAUGUAAACAGACUCUUCUGCCACCAUCUGGCGGCCAUCUGUACAACCGGGUUAUCUGUGACAAAUGAUCAAUUGGUAUUAUGCUCAGGUGUUGGGUCUUUUUUUUUAUCUCAGUGAAUCUUUAAUGUUGUAGCUUUCGUAAAAAACAAUAUAUACACAAUGUUAACGCGACUUUGGCUUUUAUCGCAAAUAACUGCAAUCUACAUGCCUUAACUCAGUACUGUUACUAACAAUCCUCUCUACUUCUACCUCUAUACUGUCAUGUUGUUACUGAAGUAGAUCAUCAAUUGUAUGUUGCCUUUAGAAAAUAAACUGUUGAGCUUU